CCGAUCCACCACAUGGAGGGCGGGCGUGUCAGAUGUCACGUGAUGCAUGCGACACCGCGUCUCAGCGACGCUGCAGCACCAAUUGUUCGACCAAAGGUUGCAGGCCAGAUAGAGACACCUUCAAAUUGUACAUGGGUGAAUCUGAAGGCGACUUUCAGGUGGAAUGUCCCAUUCACUUGGAUUUUGUACCUCUCAGGGACAUUCUUGCGUUCAGUUGCGGGCACUGUUUCUGUGUGCCGUGCCUAGAUGCGCACUUCGCCAGUCGCCCGACACGUGUCAGUGCGUGCCCAGCGUGUCGGAGUACCAUUAGAAGGAAAGAUGCGUUCCAGCUCUUCCUUACUAUUCGAUCCACGUCCCAAAAGCGUACAUCCUGUCCACGUUCGACGCCUCACCCGACUCCCGUAAUCGACUUGAACACCUCUGACGACGAAGCUCCCUUGGUUCUUAUAUCGCAACUCAAAGAGAAGAAUCGUACACUCCUUUCGGAAAUCAGCUCUCUCAGAGAUGAUCUUCGCCGUGCUCAAUUAGCAGCAGAUUCUUGGGCGACUUUGCAAACGAGUUUCAAGGAUGAAAAUUCUCGCCUGAAGCGCGAAUGCGAUUGGUUGCUGGAGGAGAACUUACGAAUAGAGGGUCAACGCGAGUCGCUGGAGCUACGGUGUACCCAGGAAAAAGAGAUUUCUACUCGCUUAUCAAUCGAUAACGAUAGGCUAAAAGAGGAGUUAGCAAAAGUGAAGGCAGAACUCCAGAAAUCCUUAACAUCAAAGCGUCAAGCAGCUGAGGAGACGCGAAAUGAGCGGGAUCGCGUCAAACUCUUCGAAGAGCGGUGUCAAAAGUUUAAGAGACAAUUGGACCUGGCAAAGAAGAAGCGGAAAGCACUUGAGAGCGAAAACAGGCAGUUGCGCUGUCCACCACCAGAUAUUGAAGACGAAUCAUUGGUCGUUAUUGACCCCAACCAGCCAGACCGCCUUGGACCAGAUAAACCGGAUUUUGCCUGGUUGGAAGAUGCAUGUGCCGUGCAGGGUGAACGACUCGAGGAUGACGAUGGUUGCGCCAGCUCGGAAACGGAGGAAGGAAGCAUUGGCGGUGAUUUUCCUCCUUGUCCCCCCGAUACGGGAGGCAAGUGGGACACCGAAGGGGGCGAAACGGAGAUCGUAGAUGAUCGGGAUCGACCACUACCUCUCGAUCGAGAGUGCCCACCUAGGAAGCCAGUCUCUCGCUUCUCUUCAGAUUGGAGCCUUGGACCAGAAGCAGAAAUAUCGUUAGGAGCACAUAGAAAGCGGAAGCAUGCCGAUACUCGCCCAGUUGGAAGCAAGUUUUUCAAGGUUAAGCACAACACACGCUCGGAAAAUGUUGGUGGGUCAUCAUCCCACGGGAAACCUCGCCGUACUCCAGGUGGCGUCCUGCCCAACGACUGGUUGGACCCGAAGCUUCCCUUCCUUGUGGAUGGCCGUGGCCGCGUGCAGGGUACUGUUGCUCUUGGCUCGAGACAGCGGUUGAAUUCCAAAAAUUGAUCAUCUUGGGAUUUACCGAACUACAUGCAUAACGAGGACUGCAUGUUGCACUUCACAAGU